CCUUACCCUAACUCCUUUACGCGCAAAGUGACAAAGAGAAAGAGUGUGCGUGUGUAAGGCGUAGUAAUCAUGCUGCUUCAUCCCAUUCGUUCAUCAGGACAAUGUUCUCAAUGGAGUACAUCAUUCCGCACCUCUUCUCGUACCGCUGCCAACAGAUCCCUAUGGCAGAUUAGUCCUGCAUGUCGAAAAGCUCAGAAGACAUCACGCUUUGCAUUUGCAUCCUCAAAUGAGACGCGAAUGCACUUUUCUAAAAAGCUUUCCUCUCACAAUGGGAAUAAGGAUGUUAAGGAUUCGGCAACUACAAUCCUCAGACUUGAUAUCAAGCAACGAAAGUCAGGGACCUGGUUACCCAAAUGGCAAAGCUUAACGAUCACUAAAGACGACUCCUCAGAUCCUGAUAAUGAUAGACUCAAAGCUGUUGCUCACAGGAAUCAGCCUCCUCCAAAUGAUGAUUCAAUAGAAGGAGAGGGGUCUAUUGGUAUUACGAAAUACCUAUUAUCGCCACAGGCAACACUUGCGGUUUUUUUGCCUAAAGGAUAUCCAGAAUCAGUGACGCCCAAUUACUGGGCAUUCGCUAAAUGGCAGUUUUUCCACAAUAUUGCUGGAUCAGUGACAGCAGUGAUUUCAACGCAAUCGCUCUUAUUCGCUAUGGGGCUUGGAGCAGGAUCGAUACCAAUGGCUGCUGCGCUUAAUUGGAUCAUCAAGGAUGGUCUCGGUCAGCUUGGUGGUGUUGUCUAUGCUUCGUUUGUCAGUGACAAAUUUGACUCUGAACCGAAACGAUACAGGUUUCAGGCAUCAGUGGCAAUGCAGGGUGCCAACGUUUUGGAACUUUUAACGCCACUUUGGCCAGGCUACUUCUUGAUAAUUGCGUCCAUUUCAAACAUCGGCAAGAAUAUGGCAUGGCUGGCAAGCUCUGCUACACGUGCGCAAAUGAAUAAGACCUUUGCACUCCGUGACAAUCUAGGUGACAUCACUGGAAAAUCUGGAUCCCAAACAACUGCUGCAGGACUUGUAGGAACUGGCCUAGGUGUCGUUAUCGCAGCAUUGAUGAGCCAUGUCUCUGAAGAUCCAACUGUCCUUCCUCUAAUUCCUAUGUGCCUGACUUUCCUUCCGUUUUCGGUCUUCAACAUUUAUUCGAACUACCGAUCCAGCCAUUAUGUCACUACCCCUUCUCUUAAUGUGCCUCGAGCAGAGACUGUUUUUCACAAAGUGCUACAUGAGCUGGCCCUGAACAACGAAGCCUCCUAUGGGGAAAAAUCUACAGACACGCGUCUGUAUCAGGAAUUGGAGCGCCUUGUACCGACUCCAAAGGAAGUCGCACACAAGGAAGUCUUUGUGAGGUCAUAUCACUCUCCGUUUUCUAUCGCUAUUGAUAUCGAGCCUGCUGUCUCUGAUUUUACAGGAACUGGAGACGCAGUCAAGCCAUUAGAACGCGCUCUCCGACAGAUGGAUUUUAUUCAGAGAGAGCAGUACUAUAUCAUGAUUGAUGGAUCUGCUAUAGGGGCUCAGACGCAACAUAAUAAAAAAGUUGUCCUGUGGUUCGACAAGGAAGCGCAGGGAAGCGAUUUAAUUCAAGGCUUUUACCAUGCCUGCGCAAUCAGAGCGAUCUUGGAAAAUAAGAAUUGUCAAAACAGAAAAAGUGGUCAUAGUCUAUCCGGUGCCACUCUUGACGACUCGAAAGAGGGCCAAGAAUGGAGCCAGGCUGUUGCCAGGGCACAUAAACAGACGAUAGAGACGGUACCAGAGUUGGUCGCAGUUAUGAACCGAAAGGGUUGGGAUACAACAAGCCUAUUCUUAACGGAUGGGGAUUGGAGUCGCAUCCAUAUCCAGUAGAAAGGAUCACUAUAGGUUUGCCUCAAUGCGAAUACUUCAAUGUUUAAUAAAGCAUGCUUUAAUGGCU